ACCCAAAUAAGGAAAUGACGUCGAGCAUCAAGAGCGAUGGUCGCAAAUAGAAAACUCAAGACCUGACACCGGUAUCGGUGGAUGUGGGUUCGAGAGGGAGUAAUUGGGGCGUGGAGCUGACAAAGCAGGAGCAGAAUGGGUGACAAAUCAGGAGAGACAAACUUCUAUUCCAAUGCUGAAUUCUACUGGAAAGAGGUUCCGCCCACAGUGGACGGCAUGCUGGGAGGCUAUGGAAGGAUCUCCACCAUCGAUAUAAAUGGAUCCAAGGCUUUCCUUCGCAAAUUCCUUGGCGAAGGGGAGGGCAAGACAAGCGCCGGCUGCGCUCUGGAUUGCGGCGCAGGUAUUGGGAGGAUCUCCAAGCGUCUGCUGCUACCUCUCUUCAAGACGGUUGACCUCGUGGAUGUGACGCAGGAGUUCUUGGACAAAGCUAAGAUGUACCUGGGAGAGGAUGGCAAGAAAGUGAGCAACUACUUCUGUAGCGGACUGCAGGACUUUGUUCCAGAGAGUGGACGCUAUGAUGUCAUCUGGAUCCAGUGGGUCAUUGGCCACCUGACCGACAACCACCUGGUGGAAUUCCUCCGGCGCUGCCACAAAGCCUUGCGGCCCAACGGCCUCAUCGUCAUCAAGGACAAUGUUUCAUACGAAGGGGUGGUGCCCGAUGAGGUGGACAGCAGCGUGUGUCGAGACCUGAAAAUAGUCCACAGUCUGGUGAGCCGAGCAGGCCUUCGUGUCAUCCACGAGGAGCAACAAGUAAACUUCCCAAAGGAGAUCUUCCAAGUCCACAGUUUGGCUCUCCGAUAAGAAGUGCUUAAUAACAAGUGCAAUUAUAUUUAAUAAGAUGUUUCUAGUCCACAGUCCUAAAAUGAUGUGAUGGUGUUCACUGUACAGUAUGUUUUCAUCAUUGAGGUCUGCUUCAUCUCAUCUGACUGUAUCUUUGUUGCAGUUCUUAUUUAUUUAUCAACAUAUUUGUUCGUUCCAGGCUAAAUAAUAGUCAGAUCAUUGUAACUCAAAGCUGAUAGAGGUACAUUGUGAUGCUUUUCCAGUGGGACUGCGAGUCAGAAACUUACCAAUAAUUUCUGCAUCUUAUAUGUGAAAGAUAAGAACAUUUGCUUUAAGUGCAGGCCUUCCUUUUAACAGUCUUUAAUUGUAUGAUGCAUUUCAGACGACUGAAUGUUUUACACAAGCCAUCAGCUAAAUUAGAAAGCAGUCUGUUUCUCAGUACACUUUGAUUCUAUGUUGCAGCUGACUUUGCAACUAAACUGCACGACUUUUACACAACUUAAAAAUGGCGUCAAUGAACUCACGUUCUUGUUGACAUUGCAUCUGAAACACACUGGUUGGAAGGAGCCAAUAGAACAUGACAGGAAAUUAGCAACAUUGCACUCACCACAACACUGGCAUCAAAACAGGAGAACAUUCUGUUUUGAGGAUUUUUUUAACAAUAAAAAUGUAUCAAUUGA